GCGUAGUGCCUUGUUCGUUGCUUUAAUAAUAUUUAUCAGUACUGAGAAUUUUUUCACAAUAGUCUAAAUAAUAAUACAAUAAAAAAAUAAAUUCAGUAAUUCGCAAAAAGCAUUCAAUGAUGAAUUUCACUUGGCGAUUGAUGCGCCAUUCGUAGUCGAAAACUUGAACUAAAACCGGUGCAUUAUGUUAUUCAUUUGAAAACAUAAAAUUAAAUCUAAUUCUAUAAUAGAAAACAUCUAUUUAUUUAUUAUAGAAGAAGAAAAAAAACACUAAAAAUGACUUCAUACGGAAAAGCAGAAACUGAAAGACUGAGAAAAAAUUUAGAAGAACAACUUGAUCGGCUUGUACAACAAUUGGAAGAUUUAGAAAAUUGCAGAGAUGAAUUAGAAGACGCUGAAUAUGAGGAAACUAAAGAAGAAACUAUGGAACAAUUGAGAGAAUUUAAUGAAAGUUUACAAAGACUUAUAUCUGGAGAUGUGUCACUUGUUGAUGAACUUGGAGCAAUGCAAAUGGCAACACAAGUAGCAAUUAGUUCAGCAUUCAAAACUCCCGCAGUGAUUAGAAUGUUUGGUAAAAGAGAACCUGAUCGUUUAAGAAAUCGACUAUUGGAAAUUGAUAGAGAAUUAAAACUUGGUAAAUUAAGUAAAGACGCCAGUGAAAGACAACGAGGUGAAGUAUUAAGUGCUUUACGACAAUUGGGAGAAAAAUUAAAUCAAGCUGAAUUGCAAUUACUCGAAAAAUUAACACUAAAUGGAGUAAUAACUACAAAUUUCAUCAAAAUCAGUGAAAACGAAAAUCUAACUUCAAAUGAAGAAAAAGAAAUAAAAACUUAAAAAUUCAAUUUAAAUUCACAGUUUGCUAUAUUGUUUUUUGUCACUAAAAGCUUGUAAAUAGUAAUUUAUAUUUUAUACAUCAUUUUAUGCAGUUAUUGUUUUUAACUACAAUUGAAGAUAAAUCUGAAAAGUCAAAAAAAAAAAUUGAAAUUAAGUCUAAAAAACACUUCAAAGAAAUUACAAUUACUAGACUUGUUUAUUUUUUGUCCAGUUAUAAUUUCUAUAAUUUCUAAAUGUAAUUAUAAUUAAUGUACUUUAGUACUUUUGAUCCCGUUAAUAAUAUUUAUAUGUAUAUGACUAAAGCUUUAACUUUUAACACUGAUCGUGUAUAUAUACUUAUAAUGGAAUUAAAGCUUUUUUGAAUUAAAUGUUUAUUUUAUGAAUCAAAUUCAUAAUAUACAAGAGUCUUUUUUUUAAUAUGAAAAUCUUAACGGGCAAUUAUUUUUUUUUUUUCGAAGACAAUUGUAAAAUAUAAUAAACUAAAUAAUAUACGUCGAUUUAACUGCUAUUCAUUGUAAUAUAUAAUAGGAACGAUUAAAAUGCUUUCUUUUUUGUAAGGACUGAAAGUUUCGAGCUGUGCAAAUAUCUAUUUUUUUUUUGGCGUUACGAUGAGGAAUUUAAAUUUUAUGCAUUUUCUUCACUAUUUUUAAUUUCCAUUCGAAUUAAUUAUAUUCUUUUGUAUUCGUACUUUCAUUAUAAAAUUUCAAAUUAAGAAAUUAAAUAAUAAAUCUUUAAAAUUAA